AUGUCCGCCAAUUCAUCAGUUGAGGUUUCUCAUGUUACACCAAGAGGUUAUGUGGGUUUUGACACCAUUACAAGCCAAAUUGAGCAUCGUCUGUUGAAAAGAGGCUUCCAAUUCAACGUUAUGGUUGUCGGCCAUUCAGGGCUGGGGAAAAGUACUUUGAUAAAUACCCUUUUUGCCUCGCAUUUGAUUGAUCCCGCGACUGGUCGCGAUAUCUCCAAGGACCCAAUUACAAAAACUACCGAGAUCAAAGUUUCAGCGCAUUCUUUGGUGGAAGACAGGGUCCGCUUAAAUAUCAAUAUCAUUGACACCCCAGGAUUUGGAGACCAGAUAAACAACGAAAGAGUUUGUGAACCAAUUGUAAAGUACAUUAAGGAGCAGCACUCUCAAUAUUUACGCCGGGAACUGACCGCUCAACGCGAAAAGCUAAUCCCUGACACAAGAGUUCAUGCUGUUUUGUACUUUAUCCAGCCAAAUGGCACGGGUCUCACUCAACUUGAUGUGUUCGCGCUCAAGAGACUCACCGAGAUCGCCAAUGUCAUUCCUGUCAUCGCCAAAGCCGAUGCAAUGACUAUGGAUGAGAGAACUACUUUCCGAGAAAGUAUACAGCAGCAGUUCGAGCACUACGGCUUCAAGAUUUACCCAUACCAAUCAGAUGAUUUGACUGAAGAGGAAAUUGAGUUGAAUGAAAGCAUAAGAUCAAUCAUUCCUUUUGCUGUUGUCGGCUCUGAAAAAGAGAUUUCCAUCAAUGGAGAGCUCGUUAGAGGCAGGAAAACCCGGUGGGGAGCCAUCGCAGUAGAAGACAUUAAUCAGUGCGAGUUCGUCUUUCUAAGAGAGUUCUUGAUCAGGACUCACCUUCAAGAUCUGAUUGAAACAACUGCCCUUGUUCACUACGAAGGCUUCCGGUCGCGGCAAUUGAUAGCUCUCAAGGAAAAUGCAUCCAGUCGUGCCUCAGCAGCUCAUAUGUCCCAAACAUCUUCUACCAUGCUCCAGCAGCGAUAG